GCAAAGUCCUCCUUUACUCCACACACGCUUCUAAGCCUCGGCACAUCUCCUCACAUCGCUACUAACUACACUUUAUUCAUCCUCCGUGUCAGGAUAAACUCCACUCGUCUCACUCAACUUUGGACAUUAUUAGGCCCGCUUAGCUUGCUAGUUGUUUUAGCGCGCUAGUUAGCUUGGCAUGCUAGUUAGAUUAGCUUGUUAGCUGCUAACAAAGAGACGCGGAUUUGAUCAACACAUCGCUUAGUUAAGAUCAAGUGUGAGUGUAAAGUGUUGUGAUUGUGUGAAAAUGUGCGAAAGAACGAUAGCAGAGUACAAAGAGGAACUUUCUCGGACAAAAGAAGAGAACAAAAGACUACGUCAACAACUGGAAGCUUUUUUCAAGAAAGCUCAAGUUGUGUUACACAGAACAGACGUCUGUGAAGAACAUCUUCACCCUGAGCAACAGAAGUGGAGCUUCAGGAUGCGGACGGAGGAGCCACAGCCCUCUCACAUUAAGAAGGAAGAGGAAUACCCACUGAACCCCCAUUUUAAAAAGGAAGAGGAGGACCCACUGACACGCCAUUUUAAAAAGGAAGAGGAGGACCCACCGACACCCAAUUUUAAAGAGGAAGUGGUAGAUCCACUGAGCCCUCACAUUGAGGAGGAAGAGGUGGAUCCACUGACACCCAAUUUUAAAGAGGAAGAGGAGGACCCACUGACACCCAAUCUUAAAGAGGAAGUGGUGGAUCCACUGAGCCCUCUCAUUAAGGCGGAAGAGGUGGAUCCACUGACACCCCAUUUUAAAGAGGAAGAGGAGGAACCACUGACACCCCAUUUUAAAGAGGAAGCGGUGGAUCCACUGAGCCCUCACAUUAAGGAGGAAGAGGAGGACCCACUGAGCCCUCACAUUAAAAAGGAAGAGGAGGAACACAGCAUCAGUCAGCAGGGAGAGCAUCUUGAAGGACUGGAGGAGGUUGAUGUCACCAAGAUGCCAGUGACUGGUGUCCCUGUGAAGAGUGAAGAUGAUGAGGUCAAAGGUGAAAGUGAGGAGAAGAGAGAGGCGGAGCCUCCAAACAGCAGCUCAACUCAACACAUGACAACAGAAGCUGAUGGAGACCACUGUGGAGGAUCACAAGCAGACAAGCUCUUAGCUCCACUAUCAGAUAGUGAGGACACAACGUCACACUCUCCUGACACUGAUGAUGAACACUCUAAAGAUGAUAAGACAUGUCACACUGACAACACACACUUCACAUGUUCUCACUGCGACAAAACUUUUAAUGACCGCUGUCGUCUAAAAACACACAUGAGAACACACACUGGAGAAAAACCUGUUUCAUGUUCAAUCUGCAGUAAAGGUUUUACUCGAAGGGACCAUUUCAAAAAACACAUGAGAACACACACUGGAGAAAAACCUUUUCCCUGCUCAGAAUGUGGCAAAAGUUUUGUAACAAAUACAAAUUUAAAAGUACACAUGAGAACACACACUGGAGAAAAACGUUUUUCAUGUUCAAUCUGCGGUAAAGGUUUUACUCGAAAGUACAAUAUCAAAAGACACAUGAGAACACACACUGGAAAAAAACCUUUGUCAUGUUCAAUCUGCAGAAAAGGUUUUACUCGAAAGUACCAUUUCAAAGUACACAUGAGAACACACACUGGAGAAAAACCUUUUUCAUGUUCAACCUGCGGUAAAGAUUUUACUCGAAAGUACCAUUUAAAAGUACACAUGAGAAUACACACUGGAGAAAAACCUUUUUCCUGCUCAGAAUGUGGUAAAAGUUUUUCAGAAAAUAAAAAUUUAAAAUUCCACAUGAGGACACACACUGGAGAAAAACCUUUUGCAUGUUCAAUCUGCGGUAAACAUUUUACUCAAAAGCCCCAUUUCACAAGACACAUGAGAAUACACACUGGAGAAAAACCUUUUUCAUGUUCAACCUGCGGUAAAGAUUUUACUCAUAGGGAAUCUUUUAAAAUCCACAUGAGAACACACACUGGAAAAAAACCUUUUUCCUGCUCAGAAUGUGGUAAAAGUUUUGUAAUAAAUGAAAGUUUAAAAGUACACAUGAGAACACACACUGGAGAAAAACCUUUUUUCAUGUUCAAUCUGCGGUAAAGAUUUUACUCAAAAGCCCCAUUUCAAAAAACACAUGAGAAUACACACUGGUGAAAAACCUUUUUCAUGUUCAAUCUGCGGUAAAGAUUUUACUCGAAGGGACCAUUUAAAAAAACACAUGAGAACACACACUGGUGAAAAACCUU